AUGGCGUCAUGGAACGUGCGUUCCUUCCAUUCCACGGUUCCCCACUCCAAGCGCGAUUACUACGAAGUACUCUUUCGGUUUCUCCCUCAUUCCCAGGUUCUCGGUGUUCCCAGAGAUGCCUCGAAGGCGGAGAUCAAAAAGCACUAUUUCGAGCUCGCCAAGAAAUACCACCCCGACACCAACAAGGGCGACGAGAACGCCAAGCAGAAGUUCAUUGAAGUGAGCGAGGCGUACGAGGUUCUCAAAGACGACGAGAAGCGCGCGCGCUAUGACCAGUUCGGUCAUGCCGGCAUGGACGAGAGCGGCGCGAGCUACCAGGCCAACGCGGCCAACAUCGAUGAGAUCCUGCGCCAUUUCACCGACAUCUUCGGGUCGGAGGCGCAGGGCUUCGGCGGCUUCGGCGGCUUCGGCGGGUUUGGCGGCUUCGGAGGCUUCCAGCCGCAGAUAGAUAACGAUGGGUCCGAUAUCUCGGUGCGCGUGUCCAUCCCCUUUCUGGACUGCAUCAACGGGUGCGAGCGGGACAUCCGCGUGCAGAAGGAGGUCGCCUGCGAUGCCUGCCAUGGGUCGGGAAAUGGACCGCAUAAUAAGACGCAGAAGUGUCCGCAUUGCCAGGGAAAAGGGGUCAUUUAUAAUAACCGCGGGAUCAUGAUGUCCAUGUCGACUUGUCCCCAUUGUAACGGAUUAGGGACUCUCAACACGGAGCCCUGUCCCAAAUGUCGUGGCAGUGGAACAAUGCAUCGCGUUUCCACGAUCACCGUGAAGAUUCCUGCGGGAAUCGACAACGGCGACACGAUCCGGCUUGCCGGUCAGGGAAACCAGGGAAUCAAAGGCGGGCGGAACGGGAAUUUGUACAUUGACGUGAACGUUCAGCCAGAUCCGUUUUUCACUCGGGCGGGAGGCGAUAUCAUGUGCACGGUGCCGAUUUCGGUAACGACGGCUAUUCUGGGAGGCACGAUCACAGUUCCUACGAUUAGUGGCGAAGUCGAUGUGCAUGUUCCGCCAGGUACCCAGUGCAACACACGAAUGCGUCUGCGGGAUAAGGGAAUCAAACCGAUGCGCGGGUCGCAUGUGGGAGAUCAAAUAAUAACUUUUAAUGUGCACAUUCCAAAAAAUAUUACGCCUUCUCAGAGAAAAUUAAUCGAGGAGUUUGGCAAAGACGAGAAGGGAGUGGAGCAUCCACAGGCACCAGCGAUGCGGUCUGUGAUCGGAAGAAUUCGCAGUUUCUUGAAUAGCAAGCGAAAGUAGUUUAGUGGUUU